UAAAACUACCGAGAGAGGGUGAAGCUCUGCCAGUCCUGAGUUGUUCUGGGGAACCGUUGACUUGAAGGAUUGGGUCUUUUGUUCUCUCUCAAUUCUAUGUCGAAUCACAAUCAGGUUUAUUAUCACCAGCAUGUGGCAUGAAACUUGUUAACUUAGCAGCAGCAGCAGUACAAUGCAAUACGUGAUAAUAUAGAAAGAAGAAAAUAAGUAAAUCAAUAACAGGCUGCCAAGAUUCUCCAGAAUCAGUUCUUAACUUCACAGUAACAAAAAUCCCAAAUGGCCUUCACUGGAAAGUAUGAAUUGGAGAGUCAGGAAAACUUUGAGCAACUCAUGAAAGCUCUGGGAUUCUCGGACGAUAUCAUAAAGAAAUACAAGGACAAAAGCAGCACUGUUGAGUUUUCUCAGGAUGGCGAUUCCUUUCAAUGCAGUUACCACUUUGGAAACAGAGUCAUUACAAACAAUUUCACCAUUGGACAAGAGACUGAAUUCGUAUCUUUCACGGGGCAUAAAGUUAAGGCCUUGACCAGACUGGAAGGUGAGAAUAAGCUCGUUGUCACAAUGGAUGGGUUGACUGUAGUCAUGGAGAUGAGUGGAGACAAAAUGAUUGAAACUUUUACUAAUGGAGAAGUUACCUUCAAGAAAAUUAGCAAAAGAAUAUAAAGUACAGAAUUAAAUGAAGCCUGAACUGCACUGUGUUAAUGAAAGGAACCCAACCACUUUAAACUCUGAUACAAAUGGAUUAUUAGUUAAUUAAUUCUGUGGAAAGGGUUUUUAAAACAUUCUGUCCAUGUUAAGUACAUAAUGAAUACAUCACACUCUGAAAAUCUCUAGAAUCUGGUUAAAUGGUUUACGGAACAAUUUUAACAGUUGCCUGGAAGGAAACAUAUCCCUUAUGUAAUUAUUUGUUUUCUGUAAACUGAAUAAUGACAAUUGCUUUAAAGCAUUAUAAAAUGAGUUUAGCCAGAUGCUGAAUUUUUUAUAUAAAAAAGCAAAGUACUGUAAUAAAAACAGAUAAUUGAUGUCAAACAUUAGUGAUGCAAAGAUUUUGCCUAGCCUAAGUAUUCCAGAAUUGUCUAUAAUUUUACGCAAGUCACGACAAAAUGUAACUGUCAGAAUGGCACCAUUUUUUCCUUCUGAACAUUUUUUUGUUAAAAUUAUUCUCAUUAGAUAACGUAAGGAUAUUUCUUAAGGAGUGAGAGGUAAUAAAUUACAAAGGGCAUAUGGAUAUUUGGUAUAAAUAAAACUUGUGUAUUGUUUAUGGUCAAUUUGCAAUUAGAAAUAUUCUUUUCAAAGUAUAGAGAGAGUUGUGCUCAAUAAGACACUAAGAGAUUAAAAUUUAAAAUCUCUCCCAUUGUCUCCUGGUUUUGUUCGAAUACCUUACUGUGACCACACUAGAUCAGGUUUUGAACACAUGCCAAGAAAAAUAAAAUUAUGAUAUAUUCAAUAGUCCCCACAUUUUAAUUUUUGCAUGACUUCAACAAAAGAAGAACUCAUCUUCUGGAUUUAUUUGGCAAGUUUUUCCAUGGCCAUUCUAUCUUUAGGGUGGAGCACACCCUCCCACCAUGUCAUUAAUGAAUGAAAAAUUAAGUACAUAAAAUAAUUAUUUAAGUAGAUCAUCAUUAAAAAAGAAACAAAUAAUUUCCAUUGUGUUGUUAUACUGACCCUUUCAUCAUGAAGACCAAAUAACACUUGCCUUCAAUGAGUGUACAAUUGAUUUUUGUAUGGGGGAGAAAAUGAAUUAGCUGGUGAUUUGAAUCACUACAGAGCAAUAUGUUAGAUGAUUGAGUAUUUGUAUUAUGUAACUAUAUAACAGUGAAUCAAAAGAAACAGACCAUAUUUUCAAAAUCACAAAUGGAACUUUUCUCAUUUAUCACUCUGGCAAAAUGUUCCUCUUCUUUUGCUGAUAUACUUCCAGCGCAUUGUGCUGUUGGCAUUUAGGACAGUAAUGAAGGUCCUCCAUCUCUGUCUGUCCUUGGCAGCCAAGCAAGUCCCAGGUGGAGACACACACAGAUGUAGAAUGAUUCUUCAUUGCUGUUUCUAGCUUUGUUUGACCACUGAAGUUUGUUGGCCAUGAGCUGAACCCCCGAACCUGGAAGACCAGUGGACCACUUUUAGUCCGGACUCUACCCUUUUACUUGACUGGUAUGGGUGACGCUACCAAGAGCCAAAACAUAAAGCCUUGAUUCCAGCCAUCAUUGCUCUCCGAGUCAUUGAGGCAAACAAGCCGCCAAACUAGACAAGGUUCUGG